GCCGCGGGGAUGUGAGUGAGACGGACCCGCGCGCUCAGCUGGACGCGGUGGAGCUUGUGCUGUGCGAGAAUGACAGUGAACGCACCAUCCAAAGGAUCAAAGGAAACCUGUUCAGGAAUAUCCCGCGUUGAAUCGUGACUACUGCUUUAAUUAUUGAUUUUUUUUAAUAGAUUUUUUUAUUAAUUUGGUGGUUGGUGGAUUACGCAUCAUGCCUCCCCCCCAGAGCCUCCAAUCCAGCGGACUGUCCCUGUCAGAAACAAGCAUGGGCUCCUUUAAGAGGAGAAAGAGGAAAUCCAUUAUAGUGACGGUGAUGCUGCUCAUCGUGUCUGUGCUCAUCCUCGUCUUUGGCAUAGCAGCGACGACCAGGACACAGAACAUCACAGUGGGCGGCUACUACCCAGGAGUCAUUCUGGGCUUUGGCUCUUUUCUGGGAAUUAUCGGCGCUCAUUUGAUAGAGAACAAGAGGCAGAUGUUGGUGGCAUCGAUCGUCUUCAUCAGUUUCGGAGUGGUGGCCGCCUUCUGCUGCGCUAUUGUCGAUGGAGUGUUUGCUGCGAGGCACAUUGACCUCCGGCCCCUGUACGCCGGACGCUGUGAUUAUCACUCCAGUGAGACGGCGGACUGUAAAUUCCUUUCUGACCUCCAGGUGCCCUGCCAGACGUCGGGGCGCACGUCCUGCAACCUGCGCGUGAGGAGCAACACCUGCUACUGCUGCGACCUCUACCACUGCGGAAACCGUGUGGAGGUGAUCGGAGGCUACCACGAGUACACAGACGUGAAGAGCUGCCAGGACGUCGUGCACCUCUACCACCUGCUGUGGUCGGCCACCAUCCUCAACAUCGUGGCCCUGUUCCUGGGCAUCAUCACCGCCGCCGUACUGGGAGGCUUCAAGGACAUGAUUCCAUCUACGGCCUCAGAAAGCUCAUCUGAACCAGAGGCCAUCGCAGUUCCGGUCCGCUCAGAACCCACUCGACCCACUAACACCACUCUGAACUCCCACUACAACACUGCCCCCUGCCUGCCGCCUUACACCGCCUACGACCUGCAGGGCUCCUACACGUUCCCCGACGGCCUGUCAGACGACUCCCAGUCCGGAGCCAGCCACCUGUGGCCCACUAUGGUUCCUCCACGCUACUCCCCCCCUCACAACCAUCCCGAUGAGAAGCCCCCGCCAUACAGCCCCUAAGAUGGCUCAGGGCAAAGAAAAACCACCUGAAGUGUUGUCAGCGUGUUGUUGGAUGCUGAGUGAGUGGUUUGGAUGCACAACAUGUCGGGGCUCUCCCCUCACAAUCGCUCGGAGCUGCGGGGGAGGAAAGGUGGUGGAGGGGGGCGAUGGCCACAGAGCACACAAACUUUGGGUUCAGCCUAACACAUGGGGGCACGUGUGUGACUCCCAGGGCACCACUCACACUCUGGCCUGCACUGUUUGUGUGUAUGUGUGCAUGUGUGUGUGUGUGUGUGUGUAUGUGUGUUUGUGCACAUACACAUAGAGAGCGAGACAACCAGUUCAAAGCCGGGACCGUUUACACAUCUAUCUGCCUUAAUGCAAACAGACUUCCAGAGCUGCAGCACCUAGAUGUUUUCUGUACAAGGUCAGAACAACAAAACUGUUUCUGUGUUUUCCGUUCACCUCUGUUUAUUACAUUGUGUAAAUGCUUCCUGCCUCAAGUGGGGCUGAAGGUCAUCACUGCCCUCCCUGGACCGAUUAGCACAACUACGACCUUCAUGUGACCUGAAUCAGCUGGAGUUUCAAAUUAAAACUGUCGUGUUGUAGGUCCAAGCAGUCUUUCCUUUAGCGGUUGUUAGCGUCGGUGUGCAUUAUCGAAGGUAACGUCAGCAGUAACGGAGGUAUUACAUUCUCAAAGUAAAGAAAUAAAGAUGCUCCUGUAGCAGUUAGUUGCGCCCACAGAUCACGAUAUCUAUUUAUCCACUCAAUUCUUUUCGAGAAUAGUCUGAUCAAUGUGCGAUGAAGAAACAAGCUGUUCUACCUUCAGUAGCCUAGUUGUCAAUAAGAAAGUUAAAAAUGACACUCUGAACCCUAUUUCUUGUGUGGUCCACGUCUCUCUCUUUGUAAGUAGCACUAACGUCACACCGUCAGGCUGAGGUGUGUGUUUCUCUGUCAGGAAUGAUCACUGGUGAGGCCGAGGGUGAAGCGUCAGUGCUGGACUCACUGACAGGAGGCGGGAGCUCAUCCAGUCAGAAGUGUAAACUCGCUCCGUGUCCGUCAAGCUUUAAUCAGUGCUGUUUAUCAUUUACACUUUAAAGAACACAUUCUCUCUGGGGCUGAUAAAGGUUCACUCAGUUCCUUUUGUUUUUUUGU